UUCUGUCAAAAAUAUCUACAUCACAAACAAAGAAACUUAUCGCUUCAAUAUGGUUAAAUAACAAUAUGGGAUUUGGAAUGAUAAUGAUUUGGAUCAGAAUAAUGUCAAUGAAGUAGUCAUGGCCAAGAGAAGAGUGUACACAGGUUGCUACACCCAUGGAUCAGAACCUAUCACGGCACUAUCAAAAAGGAAAAUCAAAUAUUUCGUAAGAUUUUCCAAAGAAAAAUACGAUUUAAUAUAUAAUUUUGUGAUGGAUUACUACUUUUUGCUCGGCACUUUAUUUUUCGUUUUGGUAAUGAGUUUUGUCUUUCCUGAUUUUGUGCAUAAGAUCAAUACAAGUAAAGAUAUCAUGUCAUUAAAAAAGAUGGUCAAUUUUAUGUCUAGAGAAGUGAGUCGUGCAGAGGUAGCGUGUCUGACUGUAGCUGAUGAUUUGUGUUAUCUUCAAUGCACCAUGCAAGAUGGCUUCACUGGAACUACGGAAAAACAAGUUAGAGACCUGUCAGUGUGUACGAGCUUCGUGCAGACCAAAUCCGAGCCAGCCAGGAUCGUGAGAAAUUUUGGUUUCUUGAGAAGAAUUUUCUUCCCAAAGAAAAGCAAUAAUAGCCAGCAAGAAAUAACAUUAAUGUCCUACGUGUACACGAACUCGCUGGAUGCCCUCCAGCCAAAUGCGACGUUGUAAUCUUGUGACUAAAAAUUUAAAGUUAUCAUGUGCUAUAUUAUAGAAAUAAGUUUCAUUCAA